CUCAAGCACACUUGAUUUCGUCAAAAACUUCACAUUUAUAAAUAUAUAAAAGUACAGUGAGGUCCCAUGACCUAUGCACAACUCAUGCAUAAAGAAAAUAUCCAAUAAAUAAUAAUGUAUUCAUUGAUUUUCUAACUUGAUCCAGGAAAACACCAAAUUUUGAACCAAUAAUUUACUGGAGUGUAAGCUAACUUGUUUUUGUUCAAUAUGGCGGAGAUGGAGACCGAAAGUUCUACGAACGAUGAUUUUGAUACCAUUGAAGAGGAAGAAGAGAUGUCAUCUAGUGAAAAUAGUGCCAGUGAUAGCAACGACAAUGAUGAAGAUGAUGCAAAUGAAUCUGAACUGAAUAGCAAAAUAACAGACCUUAAAAAUCAGUUGCUUGAAAAUCCGUACCAUUAUGAUAGUCAUGUGGAAUGCAUUAAAUGUGCAAGGGAGCUUGGCGAUCUUGAAGUGCUAAGGAAAGCAAGACAGGGCAUGUGCUCCUUGUUUCCACUUUCAGAAGAUCUAUGGCUACCAUGGUUACAAGAUGAAGUUGGUCUUGUUAGCGACGAUAAAAGCCGAGAAGAAGUGACUGAACUGUUUGAGAAAGCUGUUCUUGACUACCUGUCUGUGCCAAUAUGGCUGGAGUAUGUUCAGUUCAGUAUUGGUAAAAUGGGCCAACCCAAUGGCAUGACUGCUAUUCGGGAAACGUUUGACCGCGCCCUCACAGCCUGUGGUCUCCAUGUCACCAAGGGAGGUAACCUCUGGGAAGCAUACAGGGAAUUUGAAAAUGCAAUAUUGGCUGGACUUAUGCCUGCCCCUGGCAGCGUUCCUACAAAGGAGCAGGAAGACAAGUUCACUGCGCAACAUGAUCGUGUGGAGGCACUCUUUAGACGACAACUAUCUGUACCUUUACAAGGACUAGAGGAGACGUUACAGGAGUACACAGACUGGUUGCAGGAGGAACCAGACAAGAACGUGAAACUGGCCUACAACAAGGCGCUUGUGAAACUGGAGAAGAUCAGACCGUAUGAAGCAAAACUUGCAGCUGCAGAACCCCCGAGAUUGGCAGAGUAUGAGGAGUACAUACAGAAUGAGACCCAGGAGGGGGACCCGGCACGUAUACAGAGUCUCUAUGAGCGAGCCCUCCAAGAGAACUGCCUCAACACCCUCCUCUGGCUCAAGUACACCAAAUAUCUGGACCACCAGCUGCGUGACUCCUCACUGAGUAUGUCUGUGUACAAACGGGCCGUCAGGAACUGUCCAUGGUGUGCCCAGCUCUGGCAAAACUACCUCCUUGCAUUGGAGAGAACUGACAGGCCAUAUGAGGAGGUCAAAAGUGUGUUUGAGACGUCUUUAGUGUCUGGCAUAUCACAGGGCUCAGAAUAUUUACUCCUGUGGACAACAUUCCUUGAUUACCUGCGGAGAAAAAUUAAGUGGAAUGAAGAACAUCAAGAAAGCCUAGACUUGUUCCGCGUCAGCAUUGAGAAGGCCAUUGUUCAACUCGAUGGUUUUGGCUUGGAAGGGGACCCAAAUGGAAUUCUGAGACAGACCUGGGCUAUAAUUGAGGCAGGCCGUGACAAUGUGGUUAAAGCCCGGCAGCUGUGGGGAGAAAUCAUGUCCUCCGGGAGGGGCAAUGAGGCUGCCCUAUGGUUGGAGAAUUACAGGUUUGAAAGGCAGUAUGGGGACAGCAAGCACUGUCGUAAGGUACUGCAGAGGGCACUCAACUCUGUCACUGACUUCCCUGAAUCAGUUGUGGAUGCCUUAAUCAACUUUGAAAGGCUUGAAGGCAGCUUGGAGCAGUACGAAUUGGCUGUUAGCAAGUGUGAGGCACAGAUGGAGAGGAUCAAUGAACGCAGAGAGAAGGAGAGGGAAAUAAAUGAACUCAAAGCGGACAAAAAGGGAGGUAAGGGAGGUGUAAAAGGUAAGCACAAGCAUGUGGAGAGGUCUGGGAGGGGAGCACACACUGGGUACCAGAAGAAACCCAGAGACCAGCAGACACAGAAGAAAGACUGGAACAACAAGCAGGAAAACAACAAACCAGACACAGAAAUAAAGCCGUACAAACGAAAGAAUGAAGCAGCAAUCACAGAGGAGUUCAAAGCCCCACUUCCUGUCUCAGCAAAGGUCAGCCAGCCUCCACCUGCAGGGUUCAGAGGUCAAACGGACACCAGUGUUCCAGAAAAUUCUUCACAGGACCAGCAGAAAGGCCUUGGUGAUGGCCUCAAGAAGAGUGCCCCACCCCCAGGGUACAAGAGACCUCGGGAGCAGACGUCACCACCCCCUGGCUACCAGGCUGAUAGACAAUCGGAAGUCGAACCUCCAGAAAAGAAAGCAAAAUCAGAUGUAGAUCCUGCAUCAAAAGCUAGUGAAAACAACACAGUAUUUGUCAGCAAUUUGAACUAUAAAAUUGAUGAAGAACAAAUCAAAAGUUUCUUCAAGAAGUGUGGAGAGAUAGAAGAUAUCCGGCUGAUCAAGAGUUUUCAAGGCAAGUCCAAGGGCUAUGGGUAUGUACAGUUCACAGAUGAGCUGGCUGUGUCUAAUGCCCUCACCUACGACAGAACACCCAUGGAGGGACGACCCAUGUUCGUGUCCAAGUAUGAGAGCAGAGGGGGACAGAAGACGAAAGCUGAUUUCAAGUACGCUACCUCUCUGGAAAAGAACAAGCUCUUUGUCAAGAAUCUCCCCUUCACUUGCACAGAAGAUGUCAUAAGGACCAUGUUUUCUGAGCAUGGAGAGGUGAGGAGUGUGCGGCUGGUCACUUACAGGAGUGGGGCCUCCAAGGGCCUGGCAUAUGUGGAAUUUGCUGAUGAGCACUCAGCCUCCCAGGCCCUGCUGAAGACUGAUGGGCUGAUGGUGGGGGAACACGAGAUCUCUGUAGCCAUUAGCAACCCACCCUCCCGUGGUACACCCAUGGGCCAGAGAGAAGAUAAUGGCUAUGUGCCAACCCUCGGAGGGGGCAAAAAGGAGACAACAAGCCGAGGAGUAGCUAGGACCCAGGUGAUGUUGAUGCCUCGGUCUGUUUCCAAGAGGCCUGCUGGGGCCAGUCUCUCUCAGAACUCGGGAGCCAGCAGCAACAACUCUGAGCAACAUACUGACAACACAACAGCUAGCAUGAGUAACAGUGACUUCAGAAAUAUGCUCUUGAAAAAGUAAAGGAACUGUUCUAGAGAAUGUUUUUGGUCUGUGCCAUGGUAUGCCUGUUAGUGAAUAAAAAUUAAGGAUCAUUCAAAA